GAUCUGCCCGUAAUGGUGUUUAAACCUCCCCGCAGAGCCAGAUCCCGGGCACCGAUGGGCCCUUUUUCCUUCUUGUGUUUGCCAUUCCCCACGGGGGCAGCGGGGUAAAAACGGGGGAAGGAUAUAGGAGUUGGGUGCUGAAGAGACGAAUAUAAAAGCCAAUACUCGAACCACGGAAUUCGUUUCUAUCAUCCAUUCAUCUACUUUCUCAUUUAUUCAUUCAUCAUGACUCAGUCCACCGAAGCACUGGUUGUCCACUCUCUCGGGGCGGACCCCGAAUUCACCUCUGUCACGCUGGACAAUUUGCAGCCAGGAGAGGCCCUCGUGGAGGUUCAUGCCACGGGUAUCUGCCACACGGACAUUGCCUGUAUGGAAGGAAAGCUCCCAGCACAGUUCCCUAAUGUGCUUGGACACGAAGGCGGCGGUGUGGUUCUCGAAGUCGGUUCGGCCGUGAAAGAUGUCAAGAAGGGAGACAAGGUCCUCCUCAGUUACAAUUUCUGCGGAGACUGCCCACACUGCGCAGACGGUCAUCCGGCAUACUGUGAGAGUAUGAUCCCGUUGAACUUUGGUGGUAAACGUCUGGACGGAACGCAGACGGUCUCUCUGACCAAGGACCCCUCGACUCCGCUGUUCGCGAACUUCUUCGGUCAAAGUACAUUUUCCCGCGUCGCCCUCGUUAGUGGAUCGUCUCUCGUCCGCGUUCCCGACUCGACACCGUUGGAACUUUUUGCUCCCCUCGGAUGCGGUCUGCAAACCGGCGCUGGUUCCAUCUUCAAAUCCCUCAACGUCAAACCCGGAAGCAAAGUGGCCGUAUUUGGCGCUGGAUGCGUCGGGCUGAGUGCAGUCAUGGCAGCCAAGAUCCGCGGCGCUGCUAUUAUCAUUGCAGUGGACAUCCAACAGGACCGUCUGGAACUGGCUCGUGAGCUUGGCGCAACGCACCUCCUUAACGGAAAGGACGAGAAUCUCCUGCAGAAGAUUCAGGAACUGUGUAAGCCGGGCAAGGGCGUGGAUUAUGCGUUGGACUGCUCGGGUGUGCUCAGUGUGAUCGAGACGAUGAUUCAAUCGCUGGGGAUGCGAGGACGAGCAACAAGUGCCGGUGCUCCUGCGCCAGGGCAAAAAGUAGCGGUGGAUGUAUUUUCACAUCUUGUCACAGGGCGAGAGUAUGUCGGUUGUCAUCAGGGAGGAAGUGUUGCGGCCGAGAUGGUCCCGUUCCUCAUCGAACAACACAAUCAAGGGAAAUACCCGCUUGAGAGGUUGAUCCGGUAUUACAACGUGAAGGACGCACAGCAGGCAUUCCAAGACAUGAAGGCUGGAAAGGUCCUGAAGCCUGUACUAGUUUGGACCGAAUCUGGUUUACAGAAUUAGGAUGCCAAGAGCGUAAUAUAUACUCAUACUUUUUUUUUUUUUUUUUUUUUUUUUUUUUUUUUUUUUUUUUUUUUUUUUUGGUAAUUCAUAAAAAUCCAUGAGCAUUUUUAAUGAUAUCGAAAGACAAUAAUAUCCCUCUUAUGUCAUGUUAUAGGAUGCCACAA